AGUGCCACUCACUAUAGCUCAGAUAAGUCCCGCUGUUAUCAGACACAUCAGAAACAUUUUGCUUGCUAUCAAUUUACUCGGUGGCUUCGAUCCCAAUUAUUGUCAGUCGUAAAUAAUAAUUAAAACUUUGUGCUUGUACAGUUAGUUCUCGUGUUUACAUAUUAUCCAAUACUGAAUGCAUUCGUGGAAAGAUGCAUUCCACCAACCCAAAUGACCUAGUCGUACCAUGUUGGAAUGGUAGAUACAUUUGUGAAGUGUAUUAAUUUUUAAAGAAACUUGGUAAAGCGAUGUUGUAGGUGUAUAUUUUCAUUUUGGUAAAAUGAUCGUGCAAGAUAAAUGAGCGAUAAGCGACUUACAGACUCAAUCUAGUGCGUGCGUAUUUCGAUUGAUUUAGUAAGUUCCUUAGGGGACAAGUAGAUUAUUUUGUGUAGACAGUGACCGUCACUUCCUAGUUUAUUGAUGUACGAAAAUUUGAUUAAUCUGAGCGUACGUGUACCUAGUAUGCUGUGACUGUUUAUUUGACCGCUGCGAUGUACGACUACAGCAGCAAAAGAUAGAAGUGCUCAAGGUUUACCUUGCAACUUGGAACAGGCAGUCAUGUGAAGAUAUUCUUUGAGAAAUUGUUGGCUAGGCUUUUGCAACGAUACUAUAAGAUAACAAAAGUGUUAAUUUGAACUAUAAAAUUUAUAUUGAUUGGAAGAAAUUAGCUGAAAAGUGUGACAUCCACAACUUGAAACCAGCGUAAGCAUGGGAAACAUUACAUCGUCCAGCACAAAAUUAGCAGAAAAAUGUCCCAUGCUUCAAAAAAGCGAGCUGCCCCUUGUGGCCGGCUCCUUCAGAAUGGCGAGUAAAAACUCCGAUAAAUGCAAGGAGGAAGAUCUUAUGAAAUUCUGGGGAUCGCAAAUGGACCCACGACUGGCACAAUACAUAACAAACUUCCUUUUCGGACCACUAGGAUCGCGGAUUGGCUUCGUGGAAUUGCCCCGAUUCGCAGAAUUGUACGUGUACACGGUGCGAGGAACCGGGGACGAACGGAUCAAUGUACUGUUGAGUAGCUUGGGUCAGACGCUUGAUUCAGAGCCCACCGAUAUAGCCUAUCCACUAAUAAAAGAGUAUGUGGAGGCGGUUGUCAGUAGCUACAUGCGAGCUAUAAGACUAGAAGGAGGAGCUGAGUUCAAAUCGUGGGAAUCACGUGGAUUUCGUAUUGUGAAAGAGUGCAUACAAAAACUAGCUGAAAGUUUAGUCUACGAUGUCGUUCAGCAAGGUACACAGAAAGUGACGCGGGCUGAUGCCGAACGAUGGCUGUCCAAAAAUCCUAUCUUCCUCAAGAUGCUGGAACACGUAUUUUCCCACCUGUACAAUUAUCGAAUUGUGAAAAACAGUUCCGACGAUAGAAGGAAGGACGACACUGACGAUGGCAAAGGUAGAAAGAAAGAAAAUGUUCCCCACCAAGAAGUUGUUCUGCAUGCUAUGCUUCCGCUCUGUGAAGGUCUGCAGUACAUGCCCGAUUAUCCAGCGUUUACCGAUCUCUCGCAGAUGCUAUUUAUCAAUGCAAAUCUCCCUACAGCGCUGCAGAAUAAAUGGCGCUUUCUGUUCUCCUCACAAAUUCACGGUGAAAGUUUUUCCACUCUACUAGGUCGCAUUAUCGAUCAGGGUCCAACUGUGAUAAUCGUGGAGGAUACCAAUGGGCACAUUUUUGGUGGCUUUGCCACAGAUUCAUGGGCAUUAGGGCCUAACUAUGUGGGAAAUGAUAGCUCUUUUCUGUUCACACUGCGACCGAAAAUGCGCUGUUUCUCAGCUACUGGCUAUAAUGACCAUUAUCAAUAUUUGAAUUUGAGUCAGCAAACAAUGCCGAAUGGUAUGGGUAUGGGUGGUCAACACAAUUAUUGGGGUAUGUGGCUCGAUAGUGAGUACGGUGUUGGCGAAAGUUCUGAAACUUGCACCACUUACAAAGGAUACUUCCAGCUGAGUGCCACUAACAAAUUUACCGUCCGAAACGUUGAGGUGUGGGGUGUCGGCGAUAAACCGGAGAAGGACACUGACUUGGAUGAAUCUCGCUCUCGAUCGAUCCUGGACACUAACGCGGACAGCAAAGCUAUCCUGAAGAUGAGUGGUCGCGAGCAGUACUCCGACGGAUACCGGGAGGAACCAACGGAUUAGAAAAAGAGAUCGAACGCCAGAAACCAACAGCACAAAAACUAUUCAUCGCCUCAAGUCAACCUAGUUGAUGUGUUGGAUACGUUCAAUUUCAAUUUUCUCUAGAAUGUUUUACCUCAAGUCUUAUUGUUCAGUUACUGCAAGUGAAGCAGAGAGAGAUAGAGAGAGAGAGAGCCAAGUACACAGUGUUUAUUGUUUCAUCGUUCGAUUUUUUAUUCUUUUCCAAUCUGGCGUUUGCGAUGCACUUAUAUUAUUUGCGCUCAUUUUUCCUAGGAAAUGUACGAAAUAUUGUUCGUAUUAAAGAUACAAAUGCGAAUUAAGUCUAUCAUGCUUAAUUAAAAACAUAUAGAUGUGAUUUGAAUGUGAGUAUAAUUGCCCUGAGCUGAACGUAAGAUAAGAUAAAACAAGUAGAUUUGAGCAAUUGUCACUAAGAAAUAAAUUAUGCGGAUUAAAUGUAAUACACACUAUUGAGAUUGUACAAAGAAAUAAUGCGUUUGCACAGCUUCGUUCUAAGUUCGAUAAUUUAUUGCACGCAUUGCACAUGAGUGAAUUAGUGCCAACACAUUAGCAUAAUUAUGUUAUUUUGUGCCAUAUGAAAUGCGAAUGACAAAAUAGAAUAAAUCGAGCGGAAUUUAGUUAUUAUUGGUUUCGACAGACGCUUCAGGGAAGCCUAAACGUUAGUUUUAUUUAUUGUCAAUGUGCUACUCUAACUCGUUUGCUCGAACACUAAUAUGAAGACAAUUAUAUUGGCAUCCAAUCCAAAA